AUGUCAAGAAGCAUUACAGCUGUGAGCAAAGUAGUGAAUCAAUAGGCUCUCGAGGCAAUCUAGGCCAAACUUGUCUAGAAUGUUUGGGCAAUCAAGACUUCCCUUAAUCCAAAUGCUGAUAAACUCAGAGAUGGAGCUAUCCAAAGAGCUAGUGUAAGUCUACCUAGAGAGGACAUUCAUCCUAGCUUUAACACAGAUAAAGUAGGUCUUUACAAGAGACCAUAAAUGGAUGAAACCAGCAGUGGUACUGCCUAUACUUAAGCUCAAAUAUCGGAGACUAACUACUCUAAAAACAAGAUUGCUAGAAUUUAUCAUCCUCAAAGAAAGCACGUUCAUAAUCACCCAGUAAAUAAAAACAUUGGAAAGCAUUGGGUUAUCGAAUUCCAAGCUGCUAGCUCAUACAAAAGUCCAUUAAUGGGAUGGACUAGUGCAACUACUGAUUCAUUUGCAAAGACUAAAUUUGUAGUCGGUUCUCUCAGCGCUGCUGUUAGAUAUUGCGAAUCUAUGGGAUGGGGAUAUGAUGUUCUUUACCCACAAACCAGAUGGCACACUAAGAAGAAUUAUUCAGAUAACUUCAUGUGGAAGGGAUAACCAAAAGCAGAAGAGACCUACGAUUGA